AUGAGUUCCAAAUUAUUCCCAGGUGACCCAAACAAGGUCAUGGUGAUCAGACAAGUCACCAAGGAUAUCACGACACUCAGCGUUCCAUUCUCGCGAUUCGGACUAAUAAAAUUUGGCGGAAGAGCUACUCUUGUCAAACUUGCGACAGGAAACAUGCUCGUGGUCUCUCCCGUGGCACUUACCUCUGAAGUACAGCAGACAAUUGCGUCGCAGGGCGGACGGAUUAAAUACAUUGCAGCACCCGAUCUCGAGCACCACAUCUACCUUACUGCAUGGAAAAAGGCCUUCCCCGACGCGGAGAUUAUCGCACCCGAAGGUCUAUACGAGAAGCGCCAGAGCAAACCCGACCAGAAAGAUACCCAAUUCUCACACAUUCUCACCAAAGCCAACAAACGCGAUAUCCAUAUAUCAGAAGAAUUUGAUCGCGAAAUUGACAUUGAAUACGUCGAUGGCCACGGGAACAAGGAGAUUGUGUUUCUACACAAACCCAGCAGAACCAUGAUUCAAGCCGAUUUGAUUUUCAACCUACCCGCAAAGGAACAAUAUUCUCGUACGAAUGAGUCGCCCACGUCAGGCAUCUUCACGAAACUAUUCACACCCUUGAUCUCGGCCAAUCCACCGCCAGCAACAUGGCACAAGCGGUUUGUAUGGUAUAUCACAGCCAACGAUCGCAAGAGCGUCGGCGAUUCAGUUGUGCGGAUAAAUACAUGGGAUUUUGAUCGGAUUAUUCCUUGUCAUGGUGAUAUCAUUGAGACCGGGGGAAAGGCGGUGUUUCAGAAUGUGUUUGAGUGGUUUUUGGAGGGGAAGAAGAAGAAGCCGCAACGACAGGAGCAGUAG